UCCCUGCCCGGCCUCUGCGCAGCUAACAAGCUAAGCUGGCUCGGCGGCUCGCAGCUUCUCUCGGUGUGGUUAGUUAGUUUGAGACGCACCGGCUCCAUCCACAGUACGGUGCCCCUCACAGCGAUCUGGUGGAACAUUCACGCCCGGCAUAGGGACACCGAGUUCGGACAUCAGCUUACAAACAGGUGAAAAUGAUUAAGCUGUUCUCCCUGAAGCAGCAGAAGAAAGACGAGGAAUCUGCUGGAGGAAACAGAGCCGGAGCCGGGGGGAAGAAAGCCAGUGCGGCCCAGCUCCGAAUACAGAAAGACAUCAAUGAGUUAAACUUGCCAAAGACGUGUGAAAUCAGCUUCCCUGAUGACGACGACCUCCUCAACUUUAGGCUCAUCAUCUCGCCAGACGAGGGUUUUUACAAAGGAGGAAAGUUUGUCUUCAGCUUUAAGGUAGGACAGGGCUACCCCCACGAUCCCCCCAAGGUGAAGUGUGAGACGAUGGUUUAUCACCCCAACAUCGAUCUGGAGGGAAAUGUCUGCCUAAAUAUUUUAAGAGAGGACUGGAAGCCGGUUCUGACAAUAAACUCCAUCAUCUACGGUCUACAGUAUCUAUUUCUAGAGCCAAACCCGGAGGACCCGCUGAACAAGGAGGCAGCGGAGGUUCUGCAGACGAACCGGCGGCUCUUUGAGCAGAACGUCCACCGCUCGCUGCGAGGCGGCUACGUCGGCGCCACCUACUUCGAGAGAUGUCUGAAGUAGCCCCGCCCUGUCCCGCCGUCCUCCAAGCUCCUCCCACUCCCCCUCUCCCACUGUCUGCCUGGCCCCUCCUUCCUCCUCGACUCCUCUUCGGUCGCCAUGGCGACGGGAAGCAGGACGACGCAACGCGCUUUCCAGUUUUACCACAGAAGAAGAAGCUGCACCUCCCUCUCCUCCUCUUCCUCACCUGUCCCCUCCUCUUCCUCCUCCUCCAUUUUUGUUUCACUUCAGCCAUGAUACGCCACGGGGGGGGGGGGCACCAACGACGACACAUCUGAGCGGACUCUGCUGAGGAGGAGGAGGAUGAAGGCUGGGUGCUGAGGAUGGACAGAUGUGGGGGGGAGGGGUGAUUGUGAAUGUUGCUCUGGUCAACGUCACAACGCCCAUGAUAAUGAUGCUCACCAGAUUGUUUUUCUGUUUUUAUUUUGCGUGCGUGGCGAAGAUGCCUGACAUCACACAGGUGGUCUGUAGGACACGCCCCUUCCUGUCACCACCUUCAUUCAUUGGCUACAGAUCAGAGAGAAAGCAGCAAACUCCAAACGGCUUCCUGCAGGAAGUCUAGCAAAGGGGGCGGGGCUUCUCACUUCCUUCCUGCAGGAAGUCUCUGAUUGGAUGGCUUCUCGGUCUUGAAAGGGGGUGGAGCUUCUCUCUUUGAUCCUACCGAGUCUAACAGAGGGGGCGGAGCUUUGUCCUAAUGUUUUUGCA